CAGUCGCACCUCUCUCCCUGCCCUCCUCUUUCUUCCCUCCUCCUCUCCUCUCAUCUUCCCUCCUCCUCUUUCCUCUUCUCCACACUGAGCUUCUUUUGCUCCCUUUCUCUCUCUGUCUCUUUUUCCUUUUCUCCUCCUCGUCCUCCGGGCCAUGGAUGG